ACUAACUUCCUUCCAGGAGUGCUCACCACCGAAAGGGCCCCCUCCAACAGGUCUGCGUUUGUAACUGGAAGCUCGUCGUUGGCAUGGCUUUGCUAGAUUGAACGUCAGUCCAUCAGUUGUUCGUGGUUGUAGUGCUCAACAACUGUAAGAACCAGGGAAUUAAGUGAACCGGGCAAAGAAAACAGAAAUGUCAUCUUUGCUCCACUUGUAAUGGUGAACAUCUCGUCAAAGUGAGUUCCAAGUGCGAUAUCUGGGUGGUUGCUUAAAACGUUGCACAGUGGUUUCCAGCAAAGUGUUCCGUGUGCCAUUCGAGUCAGUGAUUGAGGGCCCCACGACAGUCAGGAUCAAAGGAAUCACGUACAUUGGUGCCAUGUGGUAGGAAGCUCUUACGGAUUUGGUUGACAUAUGGUUGAGGCGGAAGAUAUGGUGAAAUGGUGGAAAAUUGUCCAGCCCCACCCAUAACGAGCGGACAACACCUUUUCUCGGCUUCUCUAGAUCCACCUGAGAGUUGAGAGAUGAACAUGAGAAACUCCGGAUCGCAAGGCUCCAGCACUGCCUCCGUCACCCCGCACCUUCACCAGUUCUACCCUGGUCACCAUCACCAACGAUCAGGAUCACCUUUUGCUUACUACUCGAACCCGUCAUCGCUUAGGGAUCAUGGAUCCCCUGUGGUCGGAAGCAGGAUCGCCAAUCACCACUAUUACCACCCGAAACCACAUCCAGGAUAUUGGGACUUGCCCUUGACCACCCAUUAUCCCUCACCGGGUCCAACGAACAAGUCUCCCAAGAAGAAAUUGGUGGAGAAACUCGGCAAGACUUUGGAUAAGAUUGCCGGCUCGGCUUCUCCCAACAGUGCCAAGAGCAGUGGGGAGCAACAGACCUAUUCCAAUUGGCGAAACAUUGGAACAAGCAAUCUCCAUUAUGGUGGAGGUGUGCCCAAGCAGCCCAUCUAUGGAACAACAACCCGCCCUCAAUCUCGAUUAGCGGCGACCACAUCACUUCUGUAUCCCCCUUGGGAUCAGAACCACCCGACAGUUCCACCACAAGGCUACGUGGACCCGUACCAGUACGUGAAGACCUCGUCGAAGUGCAGUUGUGCCACGAGUUCCCGAUCCAAGAACGGCACCGUUCGGGGCCUGAAAUUGCCGAAGAAACGUUGCGCGCAUUGCACAAAACUUCGUUCUUUCCACAACUUCUUUCCGAGAAAAGAGGGCGUCGUUGUGUCUUCGCCCUUGCCGAAUAAGGCUUCUUUGACCCAAAAAGCGACUGGCAACAACUCACCGCACAUCUUGAACAACAAAGUGCUAGGAGCUUCAGUGGGCCAUCCGGGAGGGGUUAAAGACCCGUACGAGUACUUGAGGAGGCAUUCGUACCCAGAGCAACUCGUGAAUGAGAGUGAGGAGUGGUACUCCUAUUGGGUGGAGGAUGAGCUGGAUGAGGAUGGCGAGGAGGCGAAGCCCUUAGAGGGAGGCAAGAAUUCCAACGAACUCCUUCUCAAUCCGAGCAACAAGUCUCGAACGGGUGGUUUGCAUGUCAAGCAGGAAGCAGAAGAGUUGAACGAAAAACAGAGUGCCAGGAAAUCCAUCCUUGACGUCGAUCCCAGCGUCGAUCCCUAUUUACUGAACGGUGUCGCUUAUGAAGAAGAUGAAGCGGACGAUGAAGAUGAUGAAGUUGUCCACCACAACCAAAGGGAUGAGGAAGAUGCUGUAGCGAGUAGUGGUGACAGUUUCGACGGCGACGACGACGACGAAAGGGAGGAUUUUAAUGACGAUCUUGGUGCCAGCGAACAGAAGGAAGUAGAUCAAGAUCAGGGUUUCUGCCACAGUGGCCAAGGGGACACUUCCACUUGUGUGACUUCGACUGUCACACCAUCUUGCAGUGAUCAAUCCAGUGCCAAAGAAAGUGCCGCUGUCAACGGGACCGAAAUCGAAAGUGGAACUGAUGCACCCCUGGAGGAGAACCCUUCCACUGGCAAAGGAACGUCAAGUGUGAGUGAGAAAAGAACUCGAUCAUCUCCCGGAGGAAGGAAGUUUCACAAGUCCUCGCAUUACUUGCGCCGAAGGGCCAGAGUGCAAAUCGAUGACGUUAUUUUGGAAGAGGAUGAGGAAGCCAUCGAGGCGGCCAACAUCCAAGUGAUCUCCGACUCGCCCAAUCUUGAGGUCCGCUCGAUCCUCAAGCGGCAAGAAAGCUCCGUCUCCGACCACGACGUGCUCAUGGGCAAUGUGCCGCCCAACGCCCAGGGACAUGCCCUUGAGGCCUCUGAACAGGCCCAGCCACUCAAGACUGGCAAGGCGGUCCAUUUCUCGCUCCACGAUCACAUCAUCCAAGACGGAGAGGUGUGGCAGAGCUCCCACGGGAGGGGCCCUGCCACCCAACCCAAUAGCUUGUCCUCCGAUGACGAAUGGCUGGACUACGACAAGGUGAUCGUCUCGCACAAUCUGGCCGAAGAAAUCCUGGACGAGAUCUACGGCAAGUUGGAGCCCAUCGCGUCCAAGAGGCCGGACGAAAUUCGUCAAAGUGAAACCCUGUCAAACUCACAUGAGAUGCCGGUGAAAUGUGCCAAUGAAGACGUCCAUGUAUCAUCAUCAUCUGAAGACAGUAGUAAUUACUCCGGGGAGGACUUCCAACAUAUGAGUGAGCAGUUCAAGAAAUCUCUGGCUGACGAGAUUCUCGACGAGCUCUAUGGACAGACAACAGUUGGCAAAAGUCACUACGAGACAGUGCCCAAUCGGUCUCCGAAUGAGGAGACUGGACCUAAAUCCAAUUCCAACCCUAGUUCCUUGCUCAGCUCUCCGGAUUUGAGUUCCUCCUCGUUCCAACGAGCACGGUUUCAGUCCGGAGCCAGCCCAAGGGCCUCAAUCCGUUCCAAAGACGACUUGGACCUGCCAGACCCGAAAACGGUUGUCGAAUUGUCCUAUCGAUUGUCUCAAGGAGGAUCGCUCAAUGCCAAAAAGUUGAACCCAGAGCUAAUUUCCUCCUUUUUGAGCGAGAGCGCCAGACUUCGUUUGAAGAGCCGGCCUCCCUUGGCGAACGUGUUCAGCCACGAGGCCCCAAGUUUAGGCGAAGCCAAGCGGAUCCGUUUCCUUUCGACACGCCCCAAAUCUCCUCCGCCACCUCCACCCCCUGUGGCUGAGGUCUUGAGGCCUGUGGUGCCUCCGAAAAAGUUUUCUAGUGUUCAAGGAUCCUCUCAGGUCGUGCUGGAUCAUGACGAUUCUGAUGAUGAAGUGGACUGCUUCUCUUCGGAUGAGUUUAGCGACGAGGACGAAUUUGAGGACGUACCAAUUCACGACGCUCACCAAGUGCAUGUGGCCGACGAUGUGGAGGGUAAUCUUUAUGAUGUGGCCGAGUAUGUGGAAAGCAAGGAGGAGCCUUCCCUGUCGGCUUCGGAUUCGGCCAUAUCUAGUCAAGAGGCCUCUUCCUCGUCGGGAAGUAGCAGCUCGUCUUCGAAUCCCCCGGAAUCUUCCUCUUCCUCAACAACUUCAUCAGAGGACAUGAACGAUCAAAUAUCGGGGAUUGGCCAGAGUGGAAACAAUGGCUCAUCAAGUUUUAUCUCUCCUCAUCGUGUUCUGAUUACACAUUCUGCGUCGGCUCCCUCUUGGAAUGGCAUUAUCCAGGACGAUAUGGAAUCCGUGGCCUCAUCCAGAGACAGCCAGGAUGUAGAUUCAUCCAAUGAUGAACCCGUCAAACCCCCUCGACUUAAGAAGAUUGCCCGGCUUCAAAAGCAGCAUCACCAGAAACAAAUGCUCCUGGCAGAUCUCAAAAGUCAUGUGAAAAUGAAAGCGAGCGAGAAUUCAGCCGAAGCCGAGGUCCAAGAGAGGAGCACCUCCAAGUCAAGGAUUGAAUAUACAAGCCCAAGCAGAUUUCGACCGUCCAUCUCCUCUCCGGUGCUUUUGGCAACCACCUUUAACCCUAACGAUGCCGAAGCCCACAAAGCCUUGUCCAAGGUCAAGUUCGGAAGCGCUCAGCAACGGAAAAGCAUUCCCAACACAUCCUCUGAACAUGGCGAAAAGCGAAGCUUCAAAGAGUUGAAGCGAUUAUCUUCCCUCUUCGCAUCCUUGUCUAGUCUUCAAGGCAUGUCAUUUUCUUCUUUGGCCAGGGACAACGGCCUGACAUCCUCUCUCCAGGGCCUAACCAGUCGCAGCAGUUUCUACGUGGCCGAUGCAGUCUAUGAGGAAGCUGAGUGCCGACAAUCCUCACCACUGUCCGACCACAUCUACGAGGAAAUCCCCGACAAGUCGGAUCUUGGUCAAAACCUUCAACGGCCUUUGCCACCCAUCCCCGAGCAAAGUUCAGUCACGAAUGCCAAAUCAUCAGCCCAAGAUCGCCGAUUGGGUGGGUCAAUCUUCGAAGGGGCGUCCAAAUACGAGAUCCUCCAUUAUCUCCGUGAUGCUAAGGACCGGAUUGGUCACAGCGACUUUGAGAUCGACCUCGAGGAGCGAGAGGACUGUGUCUUGGAUCCCAUUGCCGGUUUCUUGGGCAAACGAAACCACACUCACCGUGUCAGUGCCAUUAGCAACUCGAGCAGUUCCAGUCAAUCCAGCGUGGAGAGCAGCAAUGCCAGCAGUUGUGAAACUUUGAUGCUUCGCGGUCCCGCUGAGAGAUUAAUCGGAUCCACGGUUGGAGUUGAACGGAACGAUUCGGGGGUGGGCAGUGAGGCCAGUUGCGAGCGCAAGCCCAGUUUUGAGUCCAAGCGGGCAUUUGUCAGAGCCAAUUACCACAGGAAAUGCAGAAGUCAGGAUGACAUUUUGCUCCUAGGGGAGGAUGGCAAUCACUUGGAUGUCUCGGACGAGAAUCCUUUCCGAUGCUUUGAUUGCGACACUUGCCUCGAAACGCCUGAUGACGGCAAGUCAGCGAUGGAUCGAGUGUCAGGUCGGGUGUGUCUUGGUUGCACCAAACGUCGAUGUGAGAGGAAGGAAAUCAUCACCGAGAUCUACGAGACUGAGGUGAAGUAUGGUCGUGACCUCAGAAUCAUCCUCGAAGAGUUCUACCGCCCAAUGCUGGUGGCGGGAUUAUUGUCGUCAGACCAAUUAGCCGGUAUCUUCUUGAAUACGGAAGAGCUCAUCCAAGUGAAUUCAUGCUUCGCGGGGAUGCUUAAAACGGCAAUCGACACAUCCGUUGAACAGAAUGAUGAAGAUCUGUGUUGCGUCAACGUGGGAAGAAUAUUCUUGGAAGCACUCUUCAUGCUUCGAGCUUACGAAUCUUAUUGCACGCGUCAGGCAACUGCUUCAAAUCUUCUGGCCAGUCUGGAGAAAGAACGCGAACUCCUCAAGAUAUUUCUAAAGGUCUCUCAAUUGGAAAACUCGACUCUUCGUCGGAUGAAUUUGAGUUCUUUCCUAAUGGUUCCUGUUCAACGUGUGACAAAGUACCCUUUGCUUCUCUCGAGACUCCUAAAAGUGACUCCAACCCAUCACAAGGACAGAAAUACCAUCAAGCAUGCCAAGGAGAAAAUCGAGGCGGCCUUGGAGCAGAUGAACAAAGAUGCCAAGGACCUAAACUCAUCCAAAUUGUGGCGUCGUCUUCCGCUCAAAUCCUCCUCCAGUCCUAACAAGAAAUCCAUGUCCAAUUUGGACCUUUCGAACACGGACGAGGGUGACAACGAUAAAAUGCAAAGGUUAGCCACGGAGGUUUUAAAUUGGACCCCCGAGGAUUCUCACUUUCCCCUGGAGGGAUGUCUCCAGUUCUUCCAAGCCACAGACGCCAAUUGGAAGGAGAAUAUUGGCACGAGCAAAUUCGUUUCCUUGAGCGCCAUCUUGGCCGUUCAAGCCUCGGAGGACUUGCCCGAAAUUACCGAUUCCAAAGAGCUGAUCUUUCCUACCGACACAAGUAGCAUCAGGAAUGCCUGCCUAGUCCUCUUCAAAGACAAGAACUCAAAGCCCAAUGUUUUUAGGGAUCCCUUACCGCUGGAAAGAUGUAUAGUCUGCAGUGAGCCGGAAUGGGAAGACGUGUUUGAAAUCCAAGAGUUUGUCAAUAAAGAAGCUUUCGUCUUCAAGGGUGACGAUCCCGAGUCCACGAAGAUGUGGUUCAAAACUCUGCAGUUCUAUACUCAGUGUCUCGGUGGAUGGAGAAAGCGGAGGAAAGGAUUGGGGAACAUCAUGGUUGAUCCUAAUUACGUUCCUUCCACUGGCGACAACCCAUCAGCAUCUGGAGGCAGUAGUGACUCUUAAACCUUGAGUGUGGGCACAAAUUGCACCAUUCGUGCCGCGCGAAAUUUAGCCUCGUUCGUUUUUACGGCUGAGUGAGACCCGGAGGACAAAUCCCCAAUCUUUGCCAUCAUCAUUACCAUCAUCAUAAUCAUAAUCAACAUCAUCAUUACCACCAUAAAGGCAAAAAAAUAGCUACCAUAACAAACAACAGCAACUGCAACCAUCAUGAUGUGUGAAUAAUCCGUGUUAUUUUCAUAUUCUGUGAUAUUUACCACCUUGAGAAAUGAAGAGAAAGAAUUUA